UGGUUGUUGAAAACUCUAUUGUUAGAACACUGUAAGCGUGAUAUGUAUCAAGGACCCUGAGUCCACAACAGCAGGCUGUCUCCCUGGAGUUUAGGCAGCUGGCAUCAUCCAUACAGCAGACAGGCUCCUAACAAAAGCCCAGCUGAAGUUGAGAAACUGAUUGAGAGGAGGAUUGAAGGCAUUCAGGGAGUACUGGAGAGGCUGGAGGGGUGCAACUGUGGGAGUGUUGUGAAUAAUGGUUUACUGUUAAAGAUUUAACAAAAUUCAUCAGAGUAUGUGGAACUUUAAUUGCUUCAUAAAUAAGAGGGUAGAUCUUGCAGAAUGUAUUCUCACAUACUUUUUAAAUCAAUAUCUUACACCUACUAUUUCUUUCUUAGUUGCAUUUUCUUUAGCAUUGUCCAAAGUCACAUAUUUCUUUUUUGCCAGGUUAAACAAUUCCUCUACCAACAGGCAGUGUCUGAUUAUCGGAAUUUGAAGCUUUAAACUGUCAGUAACGGUAACAACAAGUAAGAUGUAUCGCCAUAAUACCGCAUUAUACAAAGUGUGUGACCUUCCAAAUCCUGCAUUACGGGGACCACAAAAACUAGUCCAAAGCCUUUCUGGAAAACUGCCGUCUCGUUGCUUUCCGCUGGAGGCUCUCUUUCUGCCCAAGUCGCUUUCUUUGUGUAGUUGCAGUCUGGCUCCGCUAGAGUCUGCAAAUGAACGCCUUCUUUCUCGAUCUCACACAUUUAAAAAAACACACAAUGAGACACUGUAAUGCCUCCGUAAUCUCCGUGCAAUGAGGUGGUAGUGUUCGGGCAAACAGCUGACUUCAGGCUGUAAGGGAAAAGCUAGAAGCGAUUUUUUGACUCGCCACCUUGCAUCUUUUGAUAGUCUGGAUCUCUUUCGGAGCUAAUGAUGAAAGAAGAGGGAAUCUCCGCCGUCUCGGGACAGCUACAAAUAGAAAGCAAAGACUAAAAUUCUACCGUGAAAGCUGCUGGAAGUUUGUUGGAUCAGACACUGUGUGCAUGGAUUUUUGGCGGAUAUUAUUAAGUUUGUGUACAGAAAAAUCGGCGAUCUCUUCACACCGGGAAUGGAGAUUGAGUGCUGCGUUUAAAUAUUUCUUUUCCCAGAGAGAAUUUUAAGAAAGGCAUCGUCCUGGCAGUGUAGGAAAUGCACACCAGUUUUUAAACCUAGAUGGGUGUUUAAAACUGCGUUUUUUUUGCUCAGUGUGCAUUAGCAGUUUAGUUUUUACAAAUCGUUUUGAUUUAAAAUCACGUUAUUGUAUCUUUCCAUAAUUUUUCCACAUCGGAUAUUUAACUUUUGUCUUCGUUAUUUUUUCAACAAAGUACUUUGUAAAAUAUGUAUACAGAUAAGACGUCAAAAUGUGUCUUAUUUCACUGUUUGGUCAUAUAACAGACUUGAUAUUUGGAAUUGUGUCCACAUAAUGUGUCUUUUAAGCAGUGACAGAAUUCUUACAAAGCCAUGCAAGAUCUAAACCCUUGGACAAAAUGCUUUUACUUUUGCAUCCUGUGUGAUACAUAUUUCUUUUUACUUUAUUAGGCUCACUUUACAAUUAUCUUUGUCCUUUUUAAAAAAAAUUGCUUUCAAAUCGUGAAUAGGAUUUGCUUGCGGUCGUGGGACUGAGAGGAUGGGGGAUGCAGGUCCACCACAGCCGUCGGCGGGUGGAUUCGUGCCCAUGUUAGGUGUUGGCAUGGUAGGCUCGGUGCCAGGUGCUGUGACCGGGCCGAUCUCUGGUACCAGAGGAUCUGCAGUGCCCUUGCACAGUGCCAUCGUGGAAAGGCUUAGGGCACGAAUUGAGCUGUGCCGGCGGCAUCAUUCUAGCUGCGAAAGCCGGUACCAGCGCGGUCAAGCGGAGAACUCGGACCGAGAGCGAGAAAGCACGCUUCAUCUACUCAACAUAGUGCACCAGGGGCCAGGAAACAGGAAAAACAAAAGCCACAAAACUGCAGCGCAACAGCCCCCAGAAUACAACAGCAGAGUAAACGGAGAGCAGAAAUCCCAGAACUCAGCGGGAGGGGAACCGAGGAAUUCUACGCGCAUAGCACUCCAGGGAUCAUUGAGAAGAAAAUUAGAAGGGAAUCCACCAACAGGGUUUAACCCAAAACAAAAUGGAAUUUCAAGUGGAGCUUUUAAUGCAGACCUUAAACGGUUGCGGGUCGAUGCAGGUAGUAGUCUACGACAAAGUGGCUGUGUGUUCAGCAAUGGGCAGUCACAAACAUUGCAGGGCACUGAGGGUAUGGGCCAUGCCCCUCAAAGAAAAGACAAUAGCUUAAUGGCCCAAAUGAGUGGAAGUGAUCUAUUUAGUCUAACUCUCAAGGAGAUGAAGAAGGAACCAGGAGAAGUUCAUCCAUGCAGCCAAACCUCCAUUGACAACAACAUGAUGACCUUUGAUUUUAAAGAUGAAUCUGGUUGUCAGAUUGAUCCAGAGCUCCAGGAUCUGUUUGAUGAACUCACCAAGUCUGUGCCCUCUCUUAAUGACCUAGAGUUUGAGAAGAUUCUGAAGCAGGAUGCUGAUUCCUUCAGCUUGGACCUGGGACGACCCAGCUCAGCUGGGAUGAGUAAGCCUUCUCCACAGAUGGAGAAGAUAGUCAUCAAGACUGAGUACUCACCCGGGUUUAGUCAGGCUUCUGCAGGGUCACCCCAACUGAGACCAGCUUCUGCAGGACCGACGUUCUCUAUAAGCACCUCAUUAUCAUCUUCUCCAGUGACUUCUACACCUCAGAACCUGAGCCAGGGAGCGCAGGGCUCCUCUAGUGCAGCUAGACCUCUGACCAGUUGGCCUGAGGUGUCCCACGCUGAGCAGCUGAAACAGAUUGCUGCAAACCAACAGCCAACAGCAAUGCUGCACCAGCAGCAGGGCCAGUCAGCAGCGAUAGCCAGCUGGUCAUCUGCAAUGUCCACACACUCGUCUCCUGGACCUUUUGGGCAAGAGAAAAUCCCAAGCCCUGCCACCCUUUGCCAACAGAGGAUCAGCCCCCAGAAUUCUAUCCUGCCCCCCAUGACCAACAGCCAGACCAAAGGGAUGAACAAUUGCCUCUUCAAAUUGAAUGGCAACAGUAGUGCAAACCACAUGGGCAUGAAAGUGCUGAACACCAAGCCAUUGUCUCACUUCAGCCCCAAGGCCAUCAGCCAACCGAUUUCAUUGAUGGGGGACUCGCAGAACAAGUCUCCUGUUCUGCACUAUCAACAACAGCAGCAGCAACAAGGAACAUCUGUUCAGACACAGCCACACCCUCCUCCACAUUUCCAGAAUCAUGCUCUGCCACGACUUCCUAAUGUGCCAGUAUCCCAGUGCCUGCAGCCCAAGACUCUGCCACAGAAGAUGCAGCUAAACCAGCAUGCCCCUGGGCUUCCAUACAAGAUGGCUCAGCAAAGACAGGUUCUACCUCCUGGGACCCGGCUACCUGUGAGCAGCAGCUUUGCAAACAGCACCACUCAGCCUCCACAGCCGCCAUCUUUGACCAAUCAGCAGAAGACCAUGGGAAAGAACCAGGCCAUGCAAAGACAGAUGGUUUUACAACAGCAAAUUCUCAAUGAGGGAGACAAAAUGAGUCCACAGGAUCAGUUAAACCGCCGUUUAACCAGGCCGCCUCCUGAUUACAAAGAGUCAAGAAGAAAUAUGGUUGGAGCACAGCCGCCAACAAAUCAGUACACAGGUGGUGGGCUUUCUUUAGGGAUGUCCUCGACCCAGACAUUGACAAACAAUGCUUCCAAUCAGAGUGGUCUGCAAGCCAACUCCUGCCAUCUUCCAUCGGGCCAGGGAAGCAAGAUGGCACCUACUUCCAAUGAAAGGAUAUAUGGGCCUGGAAUGGACCCUCAACAAGGGGGUUAUAACACACAGAAUGGUGCAAACCAGCUCCAGCAACGUGGCAGCCAAAAUCCAAUGGGAAUGAACCAGAAUAACCCCAGAUUUCAAGGACCUGCCAGCAUGGGGACUAAUUUUGGGCCUAGCUCUGUGACAAAUGCACAGCACAUGAGGCCAGCAGUAAACCAGGAGACUUCAGGCAUGCCUGGACACAGACUGGCUGGUAUGAUGACGAAUUCCACUAUGGUGGCACCUAGCUGGGCACAAGGCUCUAAACAGACUGCAGCUCCUCCUCAUCCCCUCGGAGUCAGGAGAUUCCUGAAUACGCUACAUUCCCAUCAGGAAGUGGGCAGCCGUCACUUUCCACAUAGGUCUAUAGCACCACCAAACCAAGUAGCUCCAGACAUUUCCAUGCGCCCUCUCAACCCAAUGAACCAAGCUGUUAAUGGGCAGGCAGCUGGGACAGCUACUGGACCCGCUCAGAGGCCUGGCCAGCCAAGAAUGCCCACUUUGUCGACCAUGACAAAUAUGAAUCAGCUCUCACCUGCGCAGACAGCAAGCGCAGGCAAUUUCACCGCCUCUGGUCAUAAUCCCCGCCCUUAUCAAAGCAGCAGCAACAGUGGUGACCUGACCUUUGAUUUUCUCCAGGAAGGAGACAACACAGUUCCAGGGAUAAACACUGACUCAGAUUUCAUAGACUCGCUGCUGAAAUCUGGCUCUGGAAAUGAUGACUGGAUGGAAGAUAUCAACCUGGAUGAAAUUCUCGGCAGUCAUUCUUAAAAUGGCAGGUGGCUGUAGACACAUACAUGUCUUAUAGCUACAUGUCUGAAUGCUACAUUUACAUGUCACAUAGCUGCAGAUUAAAGAGCCAAUUUCCAAUGGGCAGUACAAACUGUUUAUGCUUAAUUGUUUAAAUGUACAUUUUCCAGUUUUAUUCCCUAAAAGGGAUGUUAUUGGUUUGGGUUUCAUAGAUAAUGUGCUUAAUUUAUGAAUAUUCAUUUCACAAUUAUUGAACAAUAGUGGCCUUUGUUUUCUACCAAUGAUGAAAAAUGUGUUUUAUACUUUCCGAAAUAUCAAACAACCUUGUGUUGACAACUAGAGUAAGACAAGAUUACAUCAUUUAACUUGUUUAGCCUUGCAAACUAUCAGAGUUUACACCUUGAGCUGUUCGAUAUGAUUUAGUGGUGAUGCUGAAGGCCACAUUAUUUAUGACAGAUUGCUUUGAGACAAUUUUGUUUGUUUCAGCACUUGUGAUCAAUUAGCUGUACGUGACAAUUAUGUGUAUUUUGUUCCACAGUUUUUCCUUAGUUCUCUCUAUUUUAUUACUCUUUUGUACUUCUAUUUUAAUAUACUUGACAACACUACUCAAGAUCUCUGAUAUGUAUAAAGUCACUGAGGGGGAGCUUAAAUGUUGAAAUAUGUGGUUUAUGCCUAUUUUCUCUUUAACAAGUCUUGUUGUUUCACAAGUCGUUCUUUCUCUUCAAAUAAGCGGUUUGUCCUUUUCUUAGUUUUAAACUCUGGCAUUACUGGACAAAUCAAACUGAGUCUGUCAUGAUCAUUAUAAAUCUUCAUGUUUCCAUAAAACGCAUGGGACUGCUUGUCUAAGUAUACUUUAUGACAAAAACUGUGCUGUAUAAACUUACAUUUCUAUCCAGACUUGCAAUGUUUAUUCAUCUUUUUGGAAGUCUUAUAAUGAGGUUUUGUUUUGCCUAGGACCAAGUUUUGUUUUGUUUUUUUCCCCCAAAAAAUAAACCUCUCUGUAUCUGAUUUGCUGUAUAUGUCAAUAAAACAGGCUAGUGCUCUGACAGAUUUUAAAUCUCUGCACUUGUGUGUCAACUAUGAAAUGUACAGAUUGUACUGCGCUUUGUAAAGAAAUGUAAAGUAUGUUUUGAUAAACAAAUCAUAUGCUUCAGAAGAUUAUAUUUAUACUUCUGUGAAUUAAAAUUUAGUAAAUGUUAUAUUUUGUACUGAAAACUUGUUUCCUUCUAAAAAAUGUUUUGUUCAUUUUGUUGCGUGUUGAAUGUGGUGUAUAUUUGGUGCAGCCAUGUUAGCUUCCCAGUACCAACAAUAAACAAA